GCUAAGAUCUCAUAACAAUAAAAGAAUUUUAAGAAUACCAGUUCAGUUUAUUAAAACACUGUAUUUUUUAGGUUUAGUUUAUGAAUACUUUAUUUUCGUAAAUUAGAACUCUUAUUUAUUUACAUAUUAUUUUAUGUAUUAUGUCAGCUUACUCAAUGAGUGUAUUUUAAAUCUUUAAUUUUACUAACUAACUAUAAUUAUCUUAUUGUUUAUAUUUUGUUUGUAAUUUUGAAAGAUUCAGUCACACAAUGGAAAAAUUUUACUUUCCAGUUCUUAUUAUAAUAACUCUAUCCAUCACACAUAGUAUUAUUACAACUAUAAAAAGAGGAAACUACCAUUUAAACUAUUAUUACCAUUCAAGAGUGCAAACAUAUGUAUUGAAUACUUCUGGAUCGCUCUAUAAAACAAACAAACUGUUUUUAAGUUUUUCAAUUGACUCUCAUCAAAUAAGGCACGGUUUAUCCAAACCCUCUUUAAGUAAUUCUGAACUGAUUCGAUUGACUUCAUAUUUAUCCCCUGGUUACUUACGGAUUGGAGGUACUGAUGCUGAUCGUCUUGUCUUCAAACAAAACAAUUCAGUAUCAAGAUCAAGACCUAAUUCAAACCUACAAGAUACAUUCAAUAUGUCAGACAAGAAGUGGACUGAAAUUUACAGAUUUGCAGAACUAUCUGGGUUCAGAGUACUGUUUGACUUAAAUGUACUGCUGAGGAAUGGUAGUCGUUGGGAUUCCUCUAAUGCUAAAAGUCUGCUAGACUUUUCUGCAAGCAAGGGUUACAAAGUUGAUUGGCAACUUGGAAAUGAACCAAAUGCUUUCCAACACAAUUUUAAUGAGACAGUGUCACCAUUCCAGUUAGCGAAAGACUUUAUAACUCUGCGAAAUCUGCUCAACUCUUACCCCAAGUAUCAAAAGGCUCUGGUAGUUGGGCCGGAUGUCACUUCCCCUCACUCUUCCUUACAAGAAGUCACAAUGCCAGCUGAGAAGUUCCUUCACAAAUUUAUGAAAUCUGGCAGUGUAAGUCAGCCAGUGGAUGCUGUUGCUUGGCAUCACUACUACUUGCAUAGGAAUGCAUCAUUGUCAGAUGUCCUUUCUCCAGGUGUCUUUGAUACUCUGAAAGAGGCUAUUGAUCUGAUAAAGGAAGCUGUCAAGUCUUGGAGGCUUCUUUGGAUCACAGAGAGUGGCUCUGUCUGUGGAGGUGGAGUACCAGGAUUAUCAAACCGGUUUGCCUCAAGCUUCUUGUUGCUUGACAAACUUGGGCUGGCUGCAAGGGAAGGGGUAGCCCUUGUAGUUCGCCAGUCUCUCUACGCUGGUCACUAUGCCCUAAUCGACCGAACCACGCUUCGGCCAAAUCCGGAUUGGUGGGUGUCGUAUGUAUACAAGAAGUUGGUUGCUCCCACUGUGUUGUCUAUCGAAGCGAAGGGUGAGGUACGAGAGACUCUGCGUCUUUACGCUCAUUGUUCCCACAAUGGCUCAGUCGUCAUGUUCGGAGUGAACCUCAGCAACGCUCCGGAACAGCUGAUGGUUGAAACAUCAAGCGAAUCUGCAGCUGCCACAGUUCAACUGUUUCAGUUGACAGCACCAGAUUUGCUGUCUCAAGAAGUUAUCCUCAACGGGAUUCCACUCAGACUGCCCAGUGACUCUCCACCAUCCCUCCAAUCUGUCACUGUAGACAUCUUCCAGCCAAUUAAAAUUGCUGGACACUCCAUCUUCUUCCUUCAUCUAGGCUACUUACAACCAUAUGUCUGUCAAAUUGAAGAUUCUUAAUAGUUUAGGUUAUUAUUUUACACUUUUUAUAUUGUGUGAUUUUGUUUGUUACUUUAUACAUGAUUAUCGUUACAUUUACAUUCUUUUUAUAGAAGUUAUAGAUUUUAAAGUUUAGUUAUUGACAAAAUGUAAAUUGUGAUACACCUAAUGUUAUAUUUUUAUCUGUAAAUAUAAAUGUUUCAAUAUGGA